AUGGCCGUGGCACUUUCGAAUUUCUUGGGGGGAGGGCAGCUGCGUCCCGCUGCCCUCUUUUUUGAGCAGGGCGAGGACCCCUCGCCAUCCCUCCCUCCCUUCCUCUGCGACAACCAAUUUCUCUCCAUGCCAGUCGGUCUUGCUGCAAAAACGCGGCCCGUUCAGGCCUACAAAGAUGCGGCAUUGGAUGCCAGGCGCGAGAGAGCGAGGCUCUCAAAGCGCGAGUUCAAGCCGAUACCUGAUCGGCCACGGGGGAGCGACAAGUAUCGCCAACAACAAAAGCUGGCAAUGCAAUCAUUCUUCACGCAGGUUUACGAGACGGAUCCGGACGACGCCUACCAAGCCGAUCCCGACCAGAUUUGGCUUGACCUAUGUAACCGCGGGACCGAAGCAUACAAUGGAGCGAUUCACUGUUGCCAGCAGUUCCUCAAGGAUUACGUCAGGGCUUCUGAGCGACCGGUCGUGAGCACCGGGCCGGAAGAACGCAGGAUCGAACGAUCGAUAAAUAGGGAUUUGAGUGUCAGACACUUUUGGGAGUCCCUCGUAGUUGCGGCUGACAGAACGAUCCUGAGCGAAAAGAGGAGGAGUGUUACCAGCAACCCUGAUAAAUGGACCUUGUCAACUACACAAAGCCACAAGUCACGGGGGUCAGGGCCAGUCUGGCAGAUUUCACACUGGAUUGCCUCUGAUUUGGCGAAUGAGCUCGAGCUCACUAAGAAGCAAACAUUCGUCAAGGUCGCAGCGACGACCGCCGAUAUUCUAGUUGUCUUGAUGACUCUAUGGACUCGUGCGAACGAUAUUCCCUGCGACCGCGAGACUCGAGUCGCCUUCCACGCUAGAAUUCUGUUGGCAUCUAUGGGUGGGUUCCGCCGUGGAACUCUGGAUAAACUGAAAUACAGUCAAAUCAAAAUGCAUCUCUCCCGGCCCGGAAAAAAAACCGUCGAGAAUAUGAGUGUCUUCGGCGACCUUACAUUAUACUACAACAAACAGCAGACAGACAAGAUUUGUACCUCGCAGGAUGACGUAAUUGAAAUAGGCCUAAAAAAUACAAACGAUCCACUUGUCGACCUGGUGAGAAUCGUCGCUGCCCAGGCAAUCAAAGACGGCGCUUUCGACCCCCCGUAUCACUCUUGGGAGGAUCUCGAAAAGCCUAGGGAUGCCGAAUAUGCCGAACUACACUGGAAAAAAGAAAUGUUAGACCGUGAGAUCUUUGCACUGUCUCACGAAACUGAGCGUGCCCUCUGGUAUCGUACACUUCUGGUGGCCGGCUACCGUGAACCCAUGCGGUUGUACUCCAUACGAGUAGGUGCAGGUGCUCGCCUCGACAAGUCGUUUACUUCGGCGCAGCGCAACUAUGUGCUCUCCAAUUCCAGCAGAGUAUUCGAGGAAUACUACCAGCCGAGGAAUUUCAAUGGCGACCUUGUUCAAGUCGCAUUCGGCGAGCAUGCACGAGGCAACGACGAACUGUUCAAACGUAUGCGGGAGGCCUCUUUUAAAAGAAACGAAAAUGCCCCAAUCUAUGUAACCCAAGAAGAUCUCGAGUCUUUCCAAAAGCGGGAGGACAUCAGCGAGCUGCGUGUCGAAUAUGCAAGGCUUAAAGAAACUGCAAGGCUCGAAAAGCGCGCGAAGCAUGAAGAGGGCAAGUCUGAAACCAAGGAUAAGUCCGAGGCUGACAAGGAGGCAGCUCGUGUACUAUCUCACAUAAGCAAAACAAUUGCAAACCUGUGCGCCAGCACACUCAAGGGGUCUAGAGCUGAGUUUUUCGAGCGAGUGGACCGCGAAGAGGGGGACAAGGGCAAAUUUAAGAGGGAUUUGCAAACCUUACACGUCAACCCGCAAAAGCCUCGGCACAUCGCAGCAGGUAACGCUGCGGUGAAAAUCGGCCAGAUCUUGCGUGGAAACAUUGUUCAAGGCGACACCUUUAGCAAAGCAUUUCUUUACUUUCUCCAGUCCCAAAAGCCGACUUGUCUUUUAUGCGGAAGUUCAUUUACAUUGCAGAGAAACCUGAUCAGACACACCAAAACUCAUUGCUUUCAGCAACCUUUCGACUGUCCCGCAUGCAAAUGCACUAUUAACUCUGCGGCUGACUGGGCCAGACACGUUGUGGAUUCCCACGGCACGCAGAACGCUUCACAAUUAAAGGCAAAGAAGGCUGCCAAUAAGUCACAUUUGUUGUCAACGAUUCAACUCGAUCAACUCGAUAGUUCAAAACCAACCUGUUACAUAUGUGGCAGUUCGUUUACACGUAGGAAAAAUCUAACCCGGCACAACAAAGAGGUUCAUCAUUACGAAGGACUUUACGACAAACCCUUUCCCUGCCCCGCAUGCAAAAGUCAAAAAAAGGAUCACAUUAUCAAUAAUACAAUGGAAUGGAACAAUCAUAUCGAGAAAGUUUACGGCAAGCUCAACGCCCCAGGACUGCCGGAAAAUAAGGACAGCUUCGCCCGGAAGCGGAAAAGAAACGAGCACAGGCUAAAGGAAGGAGAUAAGGCAAAUAAUAUCCAACAGGUCGUCGGGAAGAAGCGAAAGGUUUCAGACAAGGGCCGACUUAAGAUUUACGAGGGAAAGGUGGCUUUAUGCCUCUUUUGCAAAAUGACAAUGGAACCCGGGAGGUGCUUUUCCAAUUAUUUAGGGAAGAAGUAUAGGGGUAGGUUUGAGUUUGAAAUUUAUUGCCCCAAAUGUUUAGAGUCGGAUGAAGAGGUUGCAAUUCUCGGGCGGUAUGAUUGGAGUCGCCAUAUUUCCGAGGUUCAUGGUGGCGACAACGGCGCUUUGCUUGUAAAUAACCUGCGUUAA